CUUUGUAUGUCUGUGUGCAAACCAUUCGGAAAAAUUAGACCACAUAUUAAAUACAACUACGUAAUUAUUUGUUUAUUGAUUUUAUAUGGAUUAUUUAAUACGGCAUGUAGAAGUCAGCUCAGGGACAUUUGUACGUGAUGACGUUGCUCAAAGAACGUAAUACGUUGCUGCUGAAAUGCUAAUUGAAAGCUAAGUGGCUACUUUCUACACCGUUCCUUGCCUCCUGUUGUUACCUGCGGACAAGCUGGCCUGAAAUACCAUUAAACUUGUUUAGGAAACCGUUAACAUUCUUCAGAGCAUCUCGGUGUCCGGUGUCGGGCCGUAGCUAUGGCUCUGCAAGGCCCGGAGGAGCUGGGGGAGCCGGUCGAAGAGCCGGAGGAUCUGGACGACCAGGACGCUAGCAGCAUCUCCCCGGCCGAGGAGAUAACGCUACCCCCAGGGCCUGGAGGCGACGAGGAGACGGAGGAGGCUCUUCUGCUGCCCUGGGACCGUUUCUCCGCCUGGCUGCACUGCAUUUGUGUGGUCGGCUUCGACCUGGAGCUCGGACAGGCGGUGGAGGUCAUUUAUCCUCAUCAUUCCAAACUGUCGGAGAAAGAGAAAACAAGCAUCUGCUACCUUUCAUUCCCUGACUCCAACUCAGGUUGCCUUGGUGACACACAGUUCUGCUUCCGGUUCCGGCAGGGUUCCAACAGGAAGACAUCACUUGGCUGCUUCUUGGAAACCACUGACAGAGACGCGCCACCUUGUCUGAAGAGGGAGCAGGGCCAUUACUACGGUUAUGUGUACUUCCGUCAGGUGCGAGACAAAUCUCUGAAGAGAGGAUACUUCCAGAAGUCUCUCGUCUUGAUCAGUCAGCUGCCCUAUGUGACCUUCUUCCACUCGCUGCUGAAGAUUAUGGCUCCUGAAUACUUUGAGAAACAGGAGCCCUGCCUGGAGGCUGCUUGUAAUGACAUCGAUCGCUGGCCAACGCCUCAUCCUGGACGAAUCCUGACGCUGCCUAUCAUGGGUGUAGUCCUCAAGGUUCGCAUCCCAACCUCUUAUGAUAAACCAGGAACGUCACAGCUGGUCCAAUCCGCCCAGAGUGAUAGCAUGGUGUCCAUUGUGCUCCCAACAAUUCAUGAAGUGGACCUCUUCAGGUGUUUCUAUCCAGUCUUCUUCCAUCUCCAGAUGCUUUGGGAGUUGGUGUUGCUGGGGGAGGCACUUGUUGUCAUGGCGCCAUCGCCAGCAGAGUCAUCUGAUACUGUGCUAGCGCUGGUCAGCUGCAUUGCUCCUCUGCGUUACUGCAGUGAUUUCCGGCCGUACUUCACCAUUCAUGACAGUGAGUUUAAGGAGUACACCACCAGGACGCAGGCUCCGCCGUCAGUCAUUCUAGGAGUGACCAAUCCUUUUUUUGCAAAAACUCUGCAGCACUGGCCGCACAUCAUCCGCAUCGGAGACAUGAAACAAGCAGGAGAGAUGGCCAAGCAGAUGAAAGUCAAGAAACUGAAAAACCUCAAAACUCUGGACUCUAAACCCGGUGUGUACACUGCAUAUAAACCGUAUCUCAACAAAGAUGAAGAAAUCAUCAAACAGCUUCAAAAGGGUGUUCAACAGAAGAGACCCUCUGCAGCCCAGAAUGCAAUUCUUCGACGCUACUUCUUAGAACUUACACAAAGCUUCAUCAUUCCACUGGAGCGGUACGUGGCCAGUCUGAUGCCUCUCCAAAAGUCCAUCAGUCCCUGGAAGAGUCCUCCUCAGCUACGACCGUUCAUACAGCAGGACUUCAUGAAGACACUGGAGAAAGCUGGACCUCAGCUUACGUCCAGACUGAAAGGAGACUGGAUAGGACUCUACAGGCAUUUCCUCAAGUCUCCCAACUUUGACGGCUGGUUCCGCAACAGGAGGAAAGAGAUGACACAGAAACUGGAAGCCCUGCACCUCGAGGCGCUGUGUGAGGAGGAUCUACAGAAGAGAAUCCAGAAGCACACUGAAGUGGAGACAGUCGAUCUGGUCCUGAAGCUGAAAGACAAACUGACUCAGGCGGAGAGGGAGAAGUUACCGGUGCGUCCCGGGACCUUGGAGAAGCUGAGAGCCCAUAUCGAGGGUGUCAUCCUGACCUUACCAGAGGACCUGCAGGGCAUCCUUCACAAGCCCACCACGCUCUGACCUCUAACCCUGCAGCCUGCAACACUAACCCCAGUUAAAGCUUGUUUUAAAGUUUUGGGUGGGGGUGCCUAGUGGCUUUCCUCCCAGUCGGUUUCCAAGGUGAGGGUGACGUGGACCCUCUUUUACUUGGACUGGGUGCCAGUUUAAAUCUGCUCGGGUCUAAGAUGGAAAGCACAUACUUGGGUGCUAGCUCACAAUGAGUCAGACUAAACAGCAUUUCAGUGAUCAUGGGUUUUUUUUUUAAAUUUUUUUUUUUAUAAAGAUGACCAGUCGAACCAGGAUCGAUUAGGAAGUGUUUAAAAACUGCUACUUUUUUUUUUUUUUUUGUAAAAUCACUGCUACAUUACUACAUGAAGAAAGCCUGGAGGGCUCGAUCCUGAUAGCAUUUUCUGAACAGUCUGAGGCUGCGUGCACAAGCAACAAGAAGAUUGACUUUUACUGACCUUUGACCCUGGGCGUUUUUACCUCCUUAACAUUUUUUUUUUUUUAAACUUUGAUGGCGGGUCGCUGCAGUCUAAAUGAACAAAAUCCGGAAAUGUAAAAAGUUUCCCAAAGAAGUGCACUUCAUCCAUAACAGGACCAGUGUGCCCUUCUCACACCACACACCUUUAUGCAAACAAGCUGAGCCAAGCAGUGCUUUAUAAUGGGAUGUUACUAAAACACACACACAGCACUAACCACCAGCGACCCCUGCAAUAACUCUCUGCAGGAGCCAGUCAUCUUCUUUUAUCCAUGUCACAUGAUUGUUACAUGACCUAUCAAAACAAAAUUCAGAAUGGUUUUUAUAUUUGUUUGUUUUUUUGUUGUUGUUUGCUUUGUUUUGUUUUUUUAACUUCUGAAUUUUUGUGUCACUGUUGUGUAAAAUCAUGUAGAAUCUCCUCCGACAGGUGAGGAAAAUCUUUGACCUGCUCGAGUGUGAACUUUACAAGCCCGUAUCCACCAAGAAAGAAAAAUGGAUCAUUUGAAAAAUACUUGCAGCAAUGCAAAUUUAAAAGAUACCUUUUAAAAGAAAAAACGUUUUUCAUUUGAAUGAAUGAGAGGACACCAAAAAAUAUGAGCUAGAGCCCAAAGUUUGAUUUCUAGAGAUAAUUAUUGUUUUAUGAUAAUCGGUAAUAAUGAGAGAUUAACUUUCUGAAAUACUGUGUGUUGUUUUGUGAACUUCCUUCUUUUCUCCUGAUUAGUUUCUGUGUCACUAUCACAAUGAGGUUAUUCCUGUAUCUUAUUGACUUCGAUUUUAAAGGGUUCACAAAAUUUUUCUUAGAAGUUAUUUGGCCAUUUUAACACUUUUAAACUUGAAGUAUUUUCCAAUUUCUUAUAUUUAACUCUUUUAAAAAAAAAUUGAAAUGAUGGAAUGGACUUUUAUUGUGAAAAACUGAAGCUUGAGCCUUCCUUUCUUUCUGGAAAGUUUUUCACUGGUUCAUAAAAGUAAUAAAAUCCAGCAAAUGUCCCUGUAAUGUAGAGAAAAGUGGGGGAUCACUGCAGCAGUUGGCGCCACAUGUUUGAUUUGGCAUCUUUAAAGCUGUUUACUCUUCCUAGCGCAAUUCUUAAACGUUUGUUUCUCAUCGCAGGAUCAAACUGCAUAUCUGUUUCCGCUCAAGACCGUUCAUAGAAAAAUAAACUUUUUAAAAGCCAAAACAGCUCUUUUAAGCAACUAUUUUAAUGCACUUUCAAGUCCUUACUAUGAACUGAAAUAAACUGUCAGUUGUUUUGACUUUAAAAAGGUUUAUUUUCUGUUUAGUUUUUUCCUGAAAAAUGUCAACUUCUUGUACAAAGAUAAAUAGAAGCUGUUCUGUCUUAUUCACCUGAAAAAAAACCCGUUUUUGAUUGUAGAGCAGUUUGGAUGACACAAAGUCUGAGACUCAGUAAGGGUGGAGUGCUCCAUGUGGAUUGGGAAUAAGUUGCUACCUGAAUUGGAGGGUUUUGUGUGUUCUUGUUCAGGAGUGAGGGUGGAGUGGAGCGGGAGCUGGGCAGACAGAUUUGUGUGGAGUCAGCUGUGGUACAGAGUGUUAAACUGAAGCUGCUUAUCUACAUUUCUACCCUCACUGUUGUGAGUACUGCGUGAUGGCUGCAGAUACAAGCUGCGAGCUUCCUUUGAAGUUUGCUGAGCUCUCCCUUAGCGAUAGGGUGUGGAGCUUGGUCAGAGUACAGCAGCUCUUCUCUACAUGGAAAGGAGGCAGUUGUGGUGGUUCAUCAGCGUAAGAUGCCUCCAGAGCAUCUCCUAGAUGAGGCGUGUUAGGCAUGUCCUGCUGGAACGAGGUCUCAGUGCAAACCAGGACACGCUGGAGAGAUUGUCUCUCAGCUGGCUUGUGAACACUUGGUUGUCUCCCCAGAAGAGCUGGUGACAGGGAGUUUUAGAUGACUCUGCUGAGGCUGCUGGGCCUGUGAACUGGUUCCAAAAAGGAGGCAGAAAAUGGAUAGAUGGAUGGGGGGCUUUCAAAAAUGGCACUGCUGUGCUUUAAAAUGUAUUCAUUCUAAUGACUAACAAACAAUGAACUUUGUAUGUAAAAUAGUGGUCACGGUUGCUCAGGAUAAUACACAGAUGCUGAUUCUUCACAUUAUAUUUAAUUUUAGGAGGUUUAAAUUCUUUUGAGACUUUUUGUUUGUUUGCUUGUUUUACCUCAAACCUUUCAAAAUGAGCUAAAGCUAUCGAACACAUUGUGAACAAAAACCACUUUGACUAAAGAGAUCUCGACUGGCUGCCCUAUAUGUAAUACCACUUUGUACCACAAGAUGGUGCAGUGAGUCAGUGUAACCGUUAGUUAACCUGUCAGAUUAUUUAGAGCCCAUAUUAACAAAAUGAAAAGUGUUUGUGUGGAAAUAGAUAUAAAGCUAAAAAUUUAUAUUAAAAGUCAAGCUGCAGCAACAGCUCCUUCAUAGCACACAAUGAUUAAACAUGAAAAUCAGGAAAGCCAGCUAAAUGUUGAAUUUUAUGAUUGCAUCACUAUGAUCUGUGAUAUUUCAAAGAUUUCUGUACAUUUUCUAAAACGUAAAAGCAAUAAUGGUUUAACAACUUGGCAGUUUGUAUUUUCAGAAAACAAAUUAAAACGCCUCGUUCUCAUUUUUCUGAAAGAGAAUACAUACGUCGGCACAUACAGUUAUUUUAUGUUUGCAUUGCACAUCAUCGGAACAUUGAAUGGACUUGCAAGCUUGUGGAUGUGUUUUCCUGCCAUCAUGUAACAGCUGUUUUAUAAAUGCUUUGAAUUUUGCCUUUUUUAUUACGCAGACAACUGUAAAGACAAAAAAAUGUACUGGUUGGAAUAACCUGCGACAUCUGGUUGUUGGGCAACCAUGCAAAUUUUAUAUUUGUAUUUUAAAAACAAAAAAAACAGUAAUAUUUUACAACUUUUAAUUUUUUAAUGGAGGGCUAUUCUUAUUCCACAGUGUAGCAACUGAGGAGUUUUUUUGUACAUAAAGCUGUAAAGUAAAAUGUUCGCCCACAUAUGAGGAUGUAUGAUAAUUAUUUUGCUAUUCAAACAGAUGUCUUUGCUAAUUAUUAACUAUAGUGACGCCACUGCAGCGCUGAAUAGCUUUUACGAGAAUAUUUACACUGCUCUGGAGGCACAGGGACAUCUUGAAUUUGUAGAUUUUUCUCCAAAAGAAACAAGUCUCUUAUCAACAGAGAUGUGAUAAGAGACUGGAACAUCAGGAAGGUUCAAAUCACGCCAUCAAAAACCCAAAUUAUAUACAAAUGAGGAGAUGAAAUCUAACAGUAUUUAAUAUUUAUAUGAAAAAGUAGCAAUAAUGACAUUUUAAGUUAUUCUGUAAAUUUGCAAAAAAUUAGAAGAAAGAAGUUGAUUAAAAUCAAAAUAGUGCAGUGAGACGCUGAACUACAAACAGUUACACCAUUAUUUACAAUAUUAUCAUUUAGCAUUAUUAACUUGAUAUUUAAUUUUUAAACAUCGUGUUUAUCAUCAGUAGUUCUCGUGUAGGGUGACCAGAUCCCAGUAAACUACGUUAAGAUAAAAAUGUUUAGUUUUAGGUCACAUGUUUGACUUUGAUCAUGUGACAUGUCAUUUGAAUGCAUUUUCCCUGACUUUGAGAAGCAUAAAAUGAAGCUGAUGUUUAUUUCUGUGGUCUUGUCUCGCAUUUCCUUUUUCUUUCUUGUGUUAGAACUGCUGUUCUGUCUGAUAAUUAUCUUUUGAUUUCAUUCUAGAUCCUCACAUCAGCAGAAAGGUUUUCUAGACACGUUUCCUGUGAAACACGUGCUUACUUUAGUAAACCUUAACAAACUAUGUGGAGAUGGUCUCAAAAUGUGGAAGAAGGGAGAUGAAAUUUAAAUGACCUGGUCACCCUAUUCUUAAGGUACUCCUAGAUAUAAUCUGCUUUUUUACAGCAGGUCUAAAUCUGCUGCUUCUCUCUGUAUGAGGGAUAUGCGAGUUCCUGUCAGACAGAUGGUUAAAAUAAAAAUCUGUUUAUGGCAAAUAAUUCUGGUUUGAUGGAGGAUGGAUGCUUCAAACACCUGGUUAAGGUUAGACUUAAACUUCUGUUUUAAAUACUGUCUUAUGCAGCAGUGGCACACAUUUAGAAAUUAGAUUUAAAAGUCCCUUCAGAGGCAUUUUCCCCUCAUAUUAAUAUAAAGUGUGGAGAAAAGACAAAUUCAAAAUGUCUCAAAGCCGUUGUUUUUAAUAUGCAUUUUGGCUCCAUUGACUUUUUAUUUUAUGUUUUUAAAUUGAAGCCAUAACCACUACACUUGACCACUCUGACAGCCUGAAGGACUGCAGCUGUGGUUAUGAGACGCGUUAUGAUGAAAGUCAUGCUGACCUACUUUUUUAAUAUAAGCAAAUGAUUAUUGAACUUGUUUGAGUGGCCUUCCUGCUGUGCAUCUUUCAUAACAUUGUUUUUGCUUCUGAAACGGUAUUACAGUGAAACAAAAUUCAUCCAGCAGCUGUUUGUGAUGGUUGAUGCAGAUGACUGACAGCUGCUGCUAAAACUCAUGCAGCACGUCGCAGUUUGAUUAAAUGUUUGAAAAGGCUGCUGUUUGAAUGAGGUCAGAGGAUUUUUCAUGCUACAUGUCUCGUUCAGUGGGGUCACUGAUGUUAACUGAUGUGUUUUGUUUUGUGUCAUUAAACUGACUUCUUAAAAUGUAAA